CACUCUCUCUCUGAGUCGACAAGUCUUCUGUUCCUCCUCCUCCUCCUCCUCCUCCUCCUCUUCUUCUGUUGUUAUGACCCAUUUCAGGAGCGACUGCCACAGAGACAGACACGCCGGGAUGAACGGCGAGCUGAGAGCCGGUCGCACCACGACGACCAAGAGAGGAAGCAGCGCCCUUGACAGAUCUGACUAUGAGAUGGAAUAUGACAGAUACCCGGAUGGCCACUAUAACAGGGUGUUUGACUACCAGCGCGUCCCCACCUCCGUCCCGGUGGAUCCCAGUCCCAUCAAACGCACCCGCCCUUCAUCCUCCUCCUCCUCUUCUUCCUCUUCCACAGCAGCUCUGAGGAUGAAGAGCAGCAGAGCGUCCAGCAGGAGCAACAAUACGCACGCCACCUCCUCCUCCUCCGGCAGCAGCAACGCCAAAUUGAAGAUGGCGGAGCUUCUGGCCAUAAAGAGGGAGCUGACGGUGAUCAAGGUUCAGAUCGACGGCCUGCUGGACUGCGUAGACAAGAUGGACAGACAGAGGAAGGACUGCUCAGAGUGUCCUCAGAGCAGGGAGCCCAGUAUGUCGGAUUCUCCUCACCGAGGUUCAGUCAGCAGUCUGGAGAGAGAAAGUCCUGAACCAGGAGAGGCCAGCGAGGACGAGCCGCUGCAUUACCAGCACUACUACCCCCACAGCUACCCCCACAGGAUAAAGCAGCAUCAGUCUGAUCUGGAAGACGACCUGUGAUGCUGCAGCUCAGAUCCUUCCAGAAACAGACGGUGCGGUUGGUGACAGCUGGGAUGAAAGAUGCUUCAACGAGGCGUUGGCAACAUGAACUGCAUUGGACUGACUCGCCUGAAUCUGUCCGUCACUGUCAGUUUCAUUUUUAUUCUGUUGCACCAUCUCGGGUUUUGGUUUCCAGUCCACAAUGAAAACAAAAUCCCCACUGGGGUUAGAUUGCUUAUUUUGGUGAUCCAUGCUAAAGUACUAACACAUGGGACAAUAUAGCUGAACUUGUGUUUUUUAAAAACCACCCUUAUCUGUGGUUUUAUGUAGUUUUUAGAUGGUUUCCCACAUUUCAGGCAGCCAUUGAUUUGAAUUACAGUCACUUCAGUAUGCUCUAAAAGCUUGCAAAGACUUGAGACUUUAUGUGAGCAAUUUAUUUAAUUUAACUUUAGUGCCCCGACAUCUUAAAACGAAUAGUGCACCUACCUAAAUAAGCAUUUAAUUUAUGAGUUAUUUGGAAUAUUUCUAGUAAUUGUCACACAAAUACGAUUGGUCCCUGAAAUCUUUAUGUUACAAUAUUCUAUAAUUUAGACUAUUUUACUGUAUAAAUUACACCCAGAUUGAAAAAAAAAAUCAUUUUCCUUACUAAAAAGGGUAAUUUUGGCCCCAUUUAUCACCAUAAUCUUGCUUCCCAUGUUGGACUCCACUCUGAUCAAUGUUAAUAAAGUAAAUGUGGCAGCAGCUGGCAGCUCCUUAUCAAACGGUUUAUUUUCAUCAAGCUUGUUUUCAUUAUGUGACCAGCUGUGUACAGAUCUGCAUUACAGUUCUGCAUUAAAGGCCCAGUGAUCACAGUUUUAUGACUCUCUGAAUGACACUGUUUGAUUCACUCAGGAAGUCAUGUACGAAGUGAAAUAUAGACAGUCUCUAACAAUUUCCUGAAAUAAAAAUUACAUGUAGUGGAUAUAAAUGGGGAGAUUGCAUUUUUCCUCUGUGAUAUUAUUAGAUUAAUGAUUGCAACAUUUUUAGCAGUCUGUCCCAUAAAGCUGACAGUUCCAUUUAUUAGCUUGUUUGGACAGAUUUAAUUUAUCAAGUAAAACAGUUUGGUACAGGUUGAAGGUUAGGUUUAAGGUUUCAGCUCAAUUUUGCAGUUCAAACAAUCUGCAGUUUGGUUUAGGUUAAUUAGUAUCUGAAAGUAUUUUGUAUCGGUUACUUCUUUGUUUAUUUGGCACUUAAAACAGGUUAGCUAACAGAUCAGUUUACAGUUUGGUUUAGGUCAUCUAGUGGAUCAGUUUAGCAGAAAAACAUUUUGGUCUAGGUUAGCUAGUUCAGUAGCUAAAGCAGUUUGCUACAGUUGAGCUAACAGAACAGUUUAGCAGCUUUAAUAGUUUGGUCAACUAACGUAAUGGAUCAGUUUGGCAGAUAAAACAAUGGACCUCAGUUUUCUAACAAAGUUAAACAGAUAACACAAUUUGGUUUAGGAAAGGUAACAGUUCAGAGGCUAAACUUAAGCUAAUGACACAAUUUAGCAGCUUAAACAGUUUAAUUUAAGUUAGCUAACAGAUUUAGCAGACAAUUAGUUUGGUUCAGAUCAGUUUACAGAUAAGUUUGGCAAAUAAAAAGUUUUGUUCAGGUUAGCAGCUAAAACAGCUUGGUCGAGGUUAGCAUUAGGUUUUAUUCCAGGUUCAAUUAAUGAACUUUACUCCCAGAAGAAAAUUUAUCAGCAUCAUCAGCUGGAGACUGAAGGUAAAAUACCAGUAUUGCCCCAGUAUUUCCCCUGACAGGUUAUAAAGCCUUGUACUGGAUUCUGGUACCCAAACAUCUAAUACAUUUUUAGCAUGAAAACAAUGCGCUAACUGUGUAGCAUUCCUGUUUUAAGAUAUCCAUACCAUAUCAUUUUUAGUGGCCCCAUCACACCAUUAAAUGACAAUUAAGCUUUUGUGCUGCAUUGUAUUUUUAUUGAGACAAUGCAAUUAAGUAUAUAUUACACAUUAAGUUUAUAAUAUUCAGUGUGUUUACACCAUUAUGUUCUGCUGCAGUGAUGCAAUGUCAUAUCAAUUCUUGUUUUUAGAUGCGCCACCACGGUCAUAUCUUGCUUUAUUUUAUGAUCAUUUUCAUUUUACCAGAUUUUGGGUGACUGGUUUUAUGGAGAGCACAGUCUGUUUAGAACAACUGUCAUCAAGUCAAACACUGACUUUUCCUCUAUAGCAUCUUUUCCCAGCUGGACAAUAUGGACAACUGUUACUGACUGUAAAUAUGUUGAGGGCGUUCAUGUAAAAUAUCUGUUGGGUUAAAAAAAAAAAAAAAAAAAGACUCUUGAAAAUAUUUAAGUGUACAAUAGUGGCUCUUUAUACUUAAUACAUUAUUUCAAACUUUUAAAAAGUGACACUAAAAUGUUUUAAUAAGAAAUCCUGUAACUGCAGAUACAGAAUAAUUUUGUAAAUAUGACAAUAUGACACUUCAUUUGGCUUCACUGUAGUUUUUGCUGUUGGUGUUUUUGUGUUUGUCCUCAAUGCUGAAUGUAAUCUAUUUCAAUGUAAGUGUAGUAAAGGUAUUUUUCAUAAAAUAGACGUUUGGUUGGA